CGCGAGCCAGUGUGUUGGUCUCUCCCAAAUUGGAGGUGGUUCCUCUAAAACACCGUCUCGACACCCGCGCCAGCGCCAGCAUGACUCUCAGUGGAGAAGGCCUACUGUUAAAACGUGUUUUGUCAGUGGAGGCCUUCCGUCAAGAACGAUUCGAGCGCUCGCGCGGUCCCCCCACUCACUCGCAGUCCAAAGCGAUCCCCAUGCCGCUCUACCCCGGAGAGUCUCAGCAGCAAUACAAUCACAAGUUCAAGCAAUGGCUGAUAAAGAAACAUUUGCGUUUGGAAUCAAUACAAAGCGACCCGAAGCGCGAACGCAAGCUGUGGCUCACCUUCGCCUUCCAGCGAUUAAAUCCAUCCUCAACAGGGGGUCAGCGGGUGCAAAAGCGCAGCAUUGACGAGGAGUACGAGGCGUUUUACCAACGCUCUGCCUCUCAAAGCAUUAAACGCUUAAGACGUGACAGAUCUAUGGACAGUGACAGAAGUGCAAAUAGAGGGAAACCUCCUGCUCGUAUUGAAGCGAGAAGAGAGCACUAUUCGACAAUUUCAAGCCGAGACGAUGAGCAAAUGCCGUGUCUAUCACAUACAAGACCAAACGAUAGACGUGAUGAAAUCCUGAGCUCUAGUCAAAUGCCACCACGUUCACAGAGAUCAAUUUCGCCAGCAUCCCAGUCAUCAACUGAUAAACCAUUUCAACCAAGAAGUCGAGCAGAAAUUUUGGCACCUCGUGUUGUGUCCGUGGAUGCGUAUCUGAGGGAAAUGAAGGGGCCGAAGCUGAAUCGACGCUCAAAUGGGAAGCUAGUUAAGAUCCCAGUGCCAUUAUUUCCAGGAGAAACAAUGGAUGAUUACGAGCACGAAUUUGGACGUUGGCUUCACCAUCGUCAGACUUCGGUGUUAUCUCUGCGAUAUAAACCGCUUAAAGAGCGUGUAUACCGCCAUCAAUUCGCAUAUCAGCGGGCUUUAAAGAGGACAAAUUCUUCCAAGCAUCCGCAGUUAGAGGCUCGCUCACAGUCAACAAUAUCCAAAGCGAAGGAUAAUGUUCAUGACGCAAACGAACCGCCUGGCUCCCGUGACGAAGCCAAACAACACUUAUCGAAAAGUUUACCACCUAAAAACUUGCUACUACCUAAAAAUCCCCAAGAGGAUAAGGCUGUUGAACGCACGUCGCAUCAUUCCCGGGCUAGAACAAAUAAAGCUGAUCAAGCGCAAUGUGCAAGCAGAAUCAGUGACACAAACACUCCCAAAGUGGCUACGCAAAGUCCAAACACAAGCUCUCAAAAGGCUGUACCAGUAACCCAGAAGACCGAAACAAAAGAGUCAAAACGACAAAAGGAAGACGCAGCAAAUGCGCAGCAUCCAACAUUAGAUACUUCAAAUGAAGACACGGCUACUAUACAACUUCUUAAAUCGAAUGGAGCGCCAGAUACGCUCAAGUCAGAUGGACCAAGCAAAGAAAAGCUGCCAAGCUGGGCAUCGCAGUUAAUAGGCAAAGUGCAGAAACUCGAAGCCAAAGUGACGCAGCUACAACGACAAGUUGACUCCUGCCCUUGUUGUCAAGGAAUAUCUUCCAGUGCAACAGCUAACCCAGCGCCCAAACUUGGGUCUGUAGAACCUUCACAAGAAUCAAUUGCCAAAAACUCAACCUCUUUGAGUAAUGGAACAGAGACCAAGAGCAAGGUUUUUCAAGCGAAGAGUGAUAUGUUAAACGGAAGCAGCGCUGAAAUUUUACAUGAUGUGUCGGCACUUUCGAACGAGAACAAGAAUGGUGAUGGAAAGAAAGAGAAUGUUGUUGAUAAACAGCCGACUUGUGAGGAAAUUUAUCGUGAAGCUACGCGUAUCCUAGCACGCGCCGUACAAAUUCGAGUCCAUGAAGACUCCAAGAAGCGCCAGCUAACGGAAGCAUAUGACCAUCUGAACGAGCAGAUUUCGAUGAAUGAAACUGCUAUCGACGACGCUCUCGACUACAUAAAGGCUAUCAAAGACGUGGAUGAGGCCAUUGCAACGGAGCAACACAGUCAAGUCAUGGAGCUGGUUGUCUCGAUCAACAAGGAGAAGGAGAAGCGUGCUAGUGCUUUGGCCGCCUUGAUUGUCUACAAAUUUACAGCUACGAAAGAUAUUCUGGUGUCGCUGUUGGAAGAAGAACCUUCAGGAGAGGGAAGAAAUAAGGUUAAUCAUGACGAGUUAAGGGCUAUUUCCUUACAAAUCGAGCAAAAAGUCAGCGUCUUGGAGACACUGGAGAUGCAUCUGAACGAGCAACUUCAGUGGGUCACUGGGUUACCACCUGACGUGUCAGAAGCGGACAAAGCUCUCCGUUUCAAAGCACUCCGAAAAAUGUCGAAGAGGUUGAUGAAGGAGCAAGAAACUAAAGAGCAACUCGAGCACAAACGUAACGAAGUUAUGAAGAGCUUUUUGCAAGAAGACAAGGGGAUCCGGAAGUUGGUGGAGGAGGAAUUGGCGAAAAGUAGAACAGUGGAGCUGAGACGGACUGCAGAGAUGUUGUGAAUUCUGAAGAUGUGGUGUAUUUGAAGCUUUCGGCAAAAGCCUAUUGCCGCAGACGUAUGGAACACCACAACAGAGCUCAAAGUGUGUUCUUCGUAGGCGAGGCCAUGAGGGAGUACGCGUACAAAUCCAGGCCUGCGGGCUGACGGAAAAAGAGAAUUUGAUUUGGGCACAUACAAUACCGAUCCUGUUAUUCAAAAAAAAAAAAAUUGAAAGAACGAAACAAGGGGAAGAGGCAAGGAGAAGUGUGCACCAAUCUACAGGAAGAAAUGACAAGACUAUGGACGUUCCGCACCUUUCACCAGCAAUUCUAUAUUUUGCCGGUACAGUUGAACCUUAUCUUUCCCACCAUUUAGUAAUGGACUCAUCAGCGAUGAAUUAUGCUAUCUCAAGCGCUCCAACUUUUUAAAAUACCACAUGAAGUAAUUGGUUGUGACGUGUUAGUUUAGUGAGGGUGCAGCAUGCCAG